UUGCAGUGCUUUUUUCAUUGACCGAUGAAGAGGUGGAAAACAGUAUAGUGGGAGUGUCUCAGCAACGAUUUGUGGUUUGUGCUGUGCUGGAGGAGGCUGGUCUUACAGCCCAGUGGGAAAAGAAGCCGGUUACUGUGUGUGUACAGACACAUUUGCUAAGUCGUCUGACCUUUUACAGUGUGUCUGUGUCUGGAUGAUUUUAAAUAAGGAGGAAACUAUGGAAGAAAAUGUAAUUAUUGGAAAGCAGGAAUCCCCUGGAGUUUUGUACGUUUUACAUACAGCAGAUAAAGUAGAUGUGUGGGAGCAGCAACGUUGGAAGAACAGUGAUUCCAAAAAUAACCAGAAUCUGGAUCUACAACUUGUUAGUGACUAUCAGGAACCUGAUAAUAUUGACCAAGCAUCAUACUUUGACGUAUUAGAAUGGACAUAUACCAGCGCCUCUCAUAGUAAACUUCAUCUCUUUCCAAAAUGGUGUUUGCCUCUAAAAGUAGCUACUGGGGUUUCACUGUUUGUUUUUGUUUACACUUUCAUCAGAGAAGUUCUACAUCCCUUCUUGGUGCAUAACAAAAAUGAAUUUUAUAGGAUUCCAAUUUUGGUGGUAAACAAAGUUUUACCAGUGGUUUCCAUCACCUUGUUGACAUUGGUUUAUGUGCCUGGCUUGUUAGCCGCAGGUCUACAGCUUUAUAGAGGGACAAAGUACCAGCGAUUUCCACAGUGGCUCAAUAUAUGGUUGCUUAGAAGAAAGCAGUUUGGACUCAUGAGUUUUUUCUUUGGUUGUUUGCAUGCACUCUACAGCCUGGCUUACCCAAUGAGGAGGUCGUACAGAUACAAACUUUUGAACUGGGCAUACCAGCAGGUUAAGCAGCAGAAAGAAAGUUCUUGGAUUGAACAUGAUGUAUGGAGAAUGGAAAUUUAUGUGUGUCUAGGAAUUCUUGCACUUGCCAUCCUGGCCAUUUUAGCUGUAGCAUCAAUUCCAUCUGUGAGCAGCUCGUUGUCCUGGAAAGAGUUCCAGUUCAUUCAGAGCAAGAUGGGCUACAUAGCACUUCUACUCUGUACACUUCAUGCAUUGAUAUGCUGGAACAAAUGGGUGGAUAUAAAGCAGUUUAUAUGGUACACACCACCCUCAUUCAUGAUUGCAGUUUUCCUACCAGUUAUUGUCCUGCUAUGUAAAGCAAUUCUCCUCCUUCCGUGUCUGGACAAAAGAAUACAGAGGAUCAGAUGUGGCGCAGAAACAACACAAGGGAUUGGCAACCGCUGUAUGCUUUGUCAUUUGUAGUAAUGUAUUAAUAUGAAAUAUAAGAUAUUGCAACAAAUAUUGGGGAUUAGUUUUUAUAAUGUAUUUUAUAUGUAACAUAUUUAAGUAACUUGUAUAAGAAAUACUUGAAAACAUUGUCAUUAAAUGUAUAUGACCAUGGGAAGAUUAUUGAAAUGAGAAAACACAGUAUAUAUAAGUGUUGCUAAGUAACAUAUCUGUUUAAGAUAAUUUCACUGGUCAUUUUGGGUUAAGUUUUUUUUUUGUUUAUUUUUAAUAAAUUAGCUGUAAAUAACAAUUCAUAAUAUACAAAAAGAAAAGAUGUGUAAAAAACACACCUAAAGUAGCGCUAAUCUCUUUUUGAAAAAAAAGUAUAUAUAAAAAUAAAAACUAUAUUAAAAACACAUAUAAUAUCUGAUAUAUAAAUAUACUAAAAUAAAAAAAUAAAUAACAAGCAGUACGAAUUGAUAUGCAGUAUCAAUUGGUAUGUAAACAUAUAAAUGUUAAAAUCCAAAGUUUUGCAGGUAGUACACAAAAGUCCGGCUGCUCCUCUAUAAUAGGUGAAUCCACAGACCUUGAUUGUAUACACAGAAUCUAAAAAGACAGAGGAGAGGAGCGCAGACUCAAAUGUAGAGUAUAAAAAGUUUUAAUAUAAAAUCCACACAGACAAAUGGCAACUCACAAGAUGCAUAAAAUAAAACAGCGUAUCAUGUGUUAAAAACACUAUAUAACUUAUCCCCUCAGCGAGUGUAUCCAGGACAGCUCCAGGAAAAGCAGGUGUGUAGCUGUGUUGUUCCCACGGACGCCAGAAACCAGGCUGGCAGAGAGUAGAAAGCACAAAGUCCGUUUCCAGGAUAUAAACAGUUAGAGGGUGAUAAGCUACCAAAAUUCUAUAAUUAAUAUCAUAGAUAAAUAUGAUCCCUAGGCUCUCAAAUCACAAAGUUCCUGGCUGCAGACUUGGAACUGAGGACGGCCUCACAGGAUCAAACGACUGACAAAAAAGAGGGUGGGGCUCUACGUGUUUGUCCCAGUAACGUAGGGACUUUCUCAAGAGUGAUUUGUUUGGAUCGUGCAUACCUUUUUAUAGGUGGUGUGUAAUAACACUCCCACAAGAUCCACCAAUGAGGUGAUUGUGGCUUGUAGAUAAGAAAUAGCAUUAACGAUAUGCAGAAUCCAGGAGGGGGAAUGUGAACAGACGCUUUCUAUAAGCGUACUUAAUAUGCAUCUAAAAUAUAAUCAAUGGGCAGUUGAAAAAUAUAUAUAGCACACAUUAAAAUUAUAUUGCAAUAUUGAUAAAGAUAUAAGAAGAAGAAUGGACGCUAUAAGGUUAACAUUCUUAUUACAUAACAGUAAAAGUUGAUUAACGCAUAAAUGGUCUUGAUAUAACGUUAAUUACAAUAACUAAAUAUAAUGAAAAUUAGUAUGAUCUAAAAAAUACAACAAUUCAUAAAGUUAUAGCCAUAUUUUACAAAAAACAAGGAUGAUGAGAAAAAUUCAAAUAUCACUUAUACAAUUGAUAAAAUAAAAAAGAGACUAAAUUUAUUCUUUUCCCUUACUUAAAAUAGCUAUCAUAUAGGGCAAAAACGUAAAAUCCAUUAGAAAGAUAGUAAUAAAAAAUACUAUAAGGGACUAAAGAAAGGCUUGGAGAUCAAUUUCAAUGUUUAACCCAUUGGGUUCCAAACAGUCAAGGGUCUUUAUACAAAAGGUUUCCCUCUUUCUCAGGUUUAAAAGCCUAUUGGUAUCCCACACACUGGGUUUUACCCAUUCUAUGAUUUUAACGGAGAGGUCGGACGGAUUAAGGUUGUGAAAAGACUUAAAAUGGCGUGAAACACUGUGGUUAUCAAAUCCAGAUUCUAUAUUUCUUAUAUGCUCCCUAAUCCUAUAUUUUAUUUGCGCUUCGUGUGACCUAUGUAGAUUAACCCACAUUUACAUAUCAAUUGGUAAACCACAUAGGUAGUAUGGCAGGUGCACCUAUCCUUGCAGGGGUACCUUUUAGUUUCCAUUAAUAAUUUGAAAAAUGGGUGGAAUUACAAUCUAUUAAGGGGCAUAAUACACAAUCAGGAGUUUUGCAUGAAUAAAGACCAUUUUUUUCCCCCACACCAACUAUUCAUCGUUGUGAAGUUUUGUUUUGUAUUUCUAAGCUUAGUGGGGACAAUAUAAUUCUUGAUGUCCUUAUUUUUCCUAAAAAUAACAAUUAGGUUUUUCCCCUAAAAUCUGGUGAGGAUAGGAUCAAGUUUGAGGACUUUCCAAUGUUUUUUCAAAAUUUUUUGAAUUUUAAAAUGUUGGUUAUUAUACUGGAGUAACAAAUUUUGGACAGUUUUUUCUAUCUUUUUUCAAUUUAUUGCUACCAUUAUGGGAAAUGUCUAUUAAGGAAGCUCUGUCCAUCAUGUCAACCUUCUUUUUACAAUCUUCUAACAACUUAGUAUUGUAGCCCUUCUCUUUAAAUUUGUCCAUAAGUAUAAUGGAUUCCUCAUUGUAAUGUUCUGUAUUUGUGCAAUUACGCCUGAUUCUUUGAAACUGUCCUAGGGGAAUGUUCUGUUUCCAUUGUCUAAGAUGUCCACUUUUGAUAUUUAAGAAACUGUUUCUAUCAGUGGAUUUCCGAUAAUUUUUGACAGCUACUAUGUUGGUAAGCUCAUUGUGAUAUAGGGUAAGAUCUAAAAACGGUAUUGAUUUUGGUGAUUUUUCCAUGGUAAUUUAAGGUUCUACGUGUUGUUAUUUAUAUACUUCACAAAGUCAGAUAUAGUAUUUUCAGGACCUUGCCAAACCAUAAUAAUGUCAUCGAUGUAGCGAUGGUAUUUUAUGACAUUAAGAUGAAAGGGAUUAUUGUUCCAAACUAAGUUAUCCUCGAAAUGAGACAUAUAUAAAUUUGCGUACAAUGGGGCAAAUGUGGUCCCCAUCGCCGUACCCUGAUGCUGUCUAUAAUAUUUACCUUCAAUAGAAAAUAGUUGUGGUUCAAAUGAAUGAUAUUCCAUCAACCAAAAAUUCUAUUUGUUUUUCUGCGAAUCUAUUUUACUCAAUAUGUCUUUUAUAAAAGAUACCCCUUUUUUAUGGGGGAUAGUAGUAUAUAGCGAUGAUACAUCGCACGUAAUCCAGGUAUAGCUAGAUUCCCAUACAAGGCCUUCGAAUUUGUUAAUCACAUCAAUAGUAUCUCUGAGAUAGGCUCUCGUGGUUGUGACAACAAGUUGUAAAUAAUAAUCAAUGUAUUUGGAUAAGUUGUCACAUAGAGAGAGCCUAUCCCAGAGAUAAUAGGUCUACCAGGGGGAUUUUUGGGGGCUUUAUGCACCUUAGGUAGGUGAUAAAAACAUGAUAUUUUGGGUGCCACUUCAUAAAGGUAAUUGUAUUCAUUUAAAUUUAAGAUAAACAAUGUAAACAAUUCAUAAUAUCAAUAGAACAUAGUUUUGUUUAAACUGACAUGCAAAUGAAAAAGAGCAUUUAUUUUACCAACUAUAUUACUAACAUUUUAUUGCAUGGAAAAUGGUUAAAGGGACAUAAUACUCAUAUGCUAAAAUACUUGAAAGUGAUACAGCAUAACUGUAAAAAGAUGACAAGGAAAUAUUACCAAAACAUCUCUGUAAAAAAGAAAGAUAUUUUACAUCAAAAUUUCUUCAACUCACCAGAGUAAGUGCUGUGUGAAUAGUUAUACUUCAGCUGCUGUCCAGCUGUAAGAUACAAAAAAAAAAAGAAAAUAAAAACAAUUGCCAAUUAGUAUCAUCAGUGCUAAAGUCAGGCUUUUCUUUGCUUUAAGAGCUCAUGAAAUUUCAAAGAAAUCUUGUGAGAUUUCAUAAUAAACUUCCUUAAAGGGGACUAAAUGUAGCCAUCAAUCAGCAAGCUCUACCCAGUGUUUCUGAACCAAAAAGGGCCGUCUCCUAAGCUUACAUUCCUGCUUUUAAAAUAAGAUACCAAGAGAACGAAGAAACAUUGAUAAUAGGAGUACAUUAGAAAGUUGCUUAAAAUUGCAUGUUCUAUCUGAAUCACAAAAGAAAAAAUUUGUGUUUCAUAUCCCUAUAAACUAAAUAGCAAAAUAACAUGACUCUGCCUGCACAUGCCAGAUGCACACUCCCUUGCAAGUCAUGGGACUAUAACCCUGAUUGCCUGCUCUUUACAGUGGGGUUUAAAUACUUAGGAAAUUUUGAGGUAAAAUAUCUUUCUUUUUUACAUAGAAAUGUUCAGAUGAUAUUUUGUAGUCAGCUUUUUACACUCAGCAAUGCUGCAUCACUUUCAAGUGCUUCAACAUUUGGGUAUCGUGUCCCUUUAACUUAAAACAAGUUCAAUAAGUGUUACAACUAACAGGAAAACUAUAAACAUAAAAGGGUUAAAAAAAUUGUAAUUAAUUUCAGAUAGUCUUUUUUUUAAAUGUAUGAGAUAAAAAUAUAAAACACACCAUGAAAACGUGUACAAUACACUAUGCACAACUCUUCUCAUGGAAUUUAAAAGACCUCAUGGUAUCGUCUGCUAAUGCUCAUUGACUGAUAGGUACAAAUUGUGUCUAUUAGCCAACAAAUAUUAGGAAGUAUGAAACUAAGAAAGAAGAAUUAAUAUAAUUUAAGCUUAAACAGUUGUUCACUGACCCCAAAUUGUCUAUUCAUUUUUGGACCCCCCUAUAACCAUACCCAAAUAAAAACACAUACUCAAAAGUGGGAUAAAAAAAGGCUGCAGCUUGUUUUAUUAACUUUCACAACAUAAUUAACUUUAAAACACAUAAACCAAAAAAAAAACAGAGCUUUCCCCACCAAAAUCAUAUUCCUGUGCCUGUACCCAUCAGGCACGCCUCCCCAUGAAAGCCAUCUCUCCUGUCAAUCCCAACAGGAGGUACCAAGAACCCCCACAAUGGCGUAAGCCAGCACACACAGGGCAAGCACCCGCCAAUGCUGCGGCAAAGAUAUUUUACAACUAGGGAGGGAGGGUGGGCACUUAAGCUGUACGCUCCUGAGAAGGUAAGUAAAAAGGGGCACAAAUCCACUGCACCACCAAUUAUUUAAAAGUUCUCCCCCCAGGCAACGCCCCUUUGUCCCCUUACCUGACCUCAAAAUUGACCAAUAGGGGUCAAUCAACCCCUUCCUCAAUUUGGUCUUGUUCGGGGUUGUUCCUUUUUCCAGAUAACACCAUUUUGUCUGAAUCUUGCUCUUUCAUAUGGGUGAUUGAUAAAUAUUAAGUAUAUGAUAUGCAAGAUUUUAGUAUUUUUCUAUAAAUAGUUUGCAAUUUCCUUCAUGUAUAGGCAAAAGAAAAACACUGAAGUCUUGAAUCAAGAAGUUAUUGUUUAUGUAUAUUAUCUCCCAAGUGUGAUGGGCCUAUUGCUUUCCAUGACAAUAGCCUUACAGGCUAAACUGUAUGUGUGGGGUUAUUUGUAUAAAUGUAUCAUUUAGAGAGGAGUUGCCUGCAAUUUCCUGACUGUUAUACUUCACGAUACAUUAUUUAUGUCUUUUGUAUGAAAAAAAUAUGUUAUUUAAAAAAAAAUCUUAAAAACAUCCGGUUUGGUGCUUUUUAUUUCUACAAGAUGAUAAAAAUCAUGUUUGAAUUU